AUUUGAUCGCUAUCCACCAUUAAAUGCAGAAAAAGAAAGAGAGUUUCUCGUUCCACUGAGAUCAACAAUAACAACAACAAUAAUAAUAUUAACAACAUUAACAUGAACACGCCGGAGAGACGAGUCGCGGAGCUGGUGAAGCUGUACCCGCACCUGUACGAUCACUCGCUGAGAGAUUUUAAAGUUCCGGAAAAAGUGUUCAAUUCCUGGAAAGAAAUCGCUACGAAACUUGGCAUCGACAACCCGGAGACCUGCAAAUCCACAUGGAGAAACAUCAGAGACAAGUUUUCUAAAGCUAUGAAACGAAUGCUGAGAAAAGGCGGAGAUGAAGAUGCCAGGGUCCCCAGGCUGUUUGUGGAGCUGAAAUGGCUCAGACCUUUCGUCCGGCUCCGAGCAAACACAGUGUCCGACACACCAUGUUUUGAGUUUGAGAUUCAAAAUGAGGAGACUCCAAAAAACAUGGUGGCUGAAGAAUCGUCAUCAUCAUCUGGUUGCACAAAUGAAAGUGAUGUAGAGGGCCGGUGCUCAGCAGCUUCUCUGGAUGCUUUUGGGACGUCAGCACUGCACAGGUUGAGCAGUACUCCAUGCGAAGCUGUAACAAGUACAAUUGCUCAGCCGUCGCCAUCUUCAGCCCCGUCCAGCUGAAGGAAAAGGAGACGGGACAGUGCAGGUGAUGGCAUUGGACAGCAGGAGAAACACGAAACAGACAGUUUUGAUCGCCACGCGCAGAUCGUUGCUGAUUUUAUGCGCAAGCUGCCGCCAAGGCACUGUGCCAUAUUCAAAAAGAGAUUACAGGACGUCAUGUUUGAAAUGGAGAUGCAGCUGCUGGAUGAGCAAGACAGAGGCACAAUAGAGGCAGUUUAUAUCAUGUAAGGGGUCUUGUGCAAUGGCGUGUUGCAAAUAAAUGUUGCACUAC